AUGUCAUUGCUUCCUCGCAUCCAGCGUUUCUACCCGUCUAAAAUGCCGCAGACUCCCAAGAAAGGACCUACCCCCAACGCGACUUGGGAUCUGCUUGCAUACGAGAGCUGCUUGACCUGCGCAGAAGGCGGUCAAAUUGACAAGGAUGCGACGGCUAUAAGAAUGCACGUGCCGGCCAACGUUUGGGGCGGCCUCGACGUGCAUACGCAGAAGCGCUACUUAUCGAAGCGUAAGCUGACGACUGCGAUUUCGGACGUGGAGGUAACCAGCUUCAUCAACUGCGGAGGCAUAGUGUCGGCCGUGGAGAUUGUGGGACCGUUCUCGUUUGACGAGAGUGGCGACUAUAGUGUGUUCACUGUUGCGAGCUGCAGUUGUCUGGUGGAUCCCGAUGAAGGGCCGUUGGACUACCUCGUUUUCCACGAAAUGGUCGUUAAGCGGGUUUCCGAUGAAGGAUCGGGGGGAUCUGCCCAUUGUGUCGUGGACCUUCACAAACCCCGGCUGGCGAAAGUGUCGCCACUAACGGGCCGUUCGUGUAUUGGCGUGCAAUGGAUCAACGGGGGGAACUUUACUACUGUCAACGAGAAGACGGACGGCGACCAGUUGUUUCUGGCCCUGUUGAUGAAAGACGGCUCUAUUGAGUUGUGCAAAUUUGACUUGGGCUGUUCCGUCACCUAUAACGAGGUGGUGUCGGACGAGAAGGAAAUCCCGUAG